CACCACUGUCAACACUGUGACAAAUCCUUCACAACAUCUGGAUAUUUAAAGAUUCAUCAGAGAGUUCACACUGGAGAGAAUCUACACAUCUGUGAUCAAUGUGGGGCAGCUUUCACACAACAGAGUCACCUAAAAAUCCAUCAACGCAUUCACACUGGAGAGAAGCCGUACUGGUGUGAACAGUGUGGGAAAGGUUUUUCUCACAGUAGUAACCUAGAAAUCCACCAACGUGUUCACACUGGAGAGAAGCCGUACAGCUGUGAUCAAUGUGGGGCAGCUUUCACACAACAGAGUAUCCUAAAAAACCAUCAACGCAUUCACACUGGAGAGAAGCCGUACUGGUGUGAACAGUGUGGGAAAAGUUUUACUCAGAGUAGUAACCUAGAAAUCCACCGACGUGUUCACACUGGAGAGAAGCCGUACUGGUGUGAACAAUGUGGGAGAACGUUUUCUCAGAGUAGUAGCCUUAAAUAUCACCAGCGCAUUCACACUGGAGAGAAGCCUUACUGGUGUGAACAAUGUGGGAAAACUUUUUCUCUGAGUGGUAGCCUUAAAUAUCACCAGCGCAUUCACACUGCCUCGUGAACAUGUUUUCAGAGCCAAGCUGUUUCCUCCUACAUGUAUGUUAUUGUGGCUACGACUACAUAUUACGUUCCUUUCCUUUGAAGGGUUAGACCUGUUAGAAGUGGGUCAAAUGCUGUUUCCCCUGAUGCUGUGUGUUUUAAUGAUUAAUUGCUGAGAAUAUUUUCUUUUUAAAUGAUUAUUAUUUAUUUUCUGAUGCUCAUUAGCAUUUUUCAGGGGCUUUGGAUGCUCAAACUCAUGGCAUAUUGCAUAUUUUCCUCAUAUUGUGCAGCCCUAGCUUUUACAAUGUUAUAUUAUUCUUCUGAGCUGUAUAUAAAACAAAAACAGCUCCUUAUAAAUAAAAUAUACACGUUACAGUCAGGUAGCCUUGUGUAGCACUUGACGUCCAGCCGUGUGCUGUAAGAGCAACAGCUGGUACUUUGGACAAUUUGUUCUCUAUUUGGGCUUUUGUUUUUUUGUACAACGCAGGAAUUAGGGUCUGGCUGAAAUGGGCUCGUGAAGGAAUAGUGUAACAGGGCUCAGUUACUUUAACCUUGUUCCUAAAACCUGUGUUUUCCACUACAGUGUAGAGUCUCAUAUCCGCAGCUAUAAAUGUACCAAUCACUGCUGUGAUGUCUUUGGCCCUGUUUGAAUCAGUUUGAAAUUGUUGCCUAAAUGCUGUGGGGAUCGUUCUUCUUGUUUUCAUCUAGUUCCAGUUAUUGACACACUGAGGUGAUGUCGGUGUAAAUGAGUUGACAUGUUUGUAGUAUUCCCACUGGUGUAGCCUAUUCUCAUGUAGCAGAUGUAACAUACACCACUCUCUUGCCAUCAGCCUCAUAACUUACAGGGAAACCAGAGUGGCUCCAAACGCCAGAACUGUUGGUUAUUAGAGGAUCUUCUAAUUCUGGUCUGGUAAUAGUCACAUUAACGUUACUAGCCAUAUUGCAACGAGCUAGUUCAGCAUAGCCUGCCUGACUGGAGUAGAGUGUUUUUCUUUGGGGGUGGGAGGGGCAGACAGCACGUUUCCUGUUACUUCGUUUGGGCUGCCUUGUUGAGUGCAGCGGCACUGAGAACAUUAUAUUUCACACAAUUUAAGCUCUUUCUUUUCUAAAUGAAAUAGGAUUAGUCCAACGAAACGUUCAGUUUGUAAUGCGCACAUAAUCGAAAGCCUCGUACCGAACGGUUCAAUAAGAAUACGUGUAUCGUUACACCCCUAUUUAUUUGUGUUCAAUGACUAAGAAAAGGAAACUAGAGAUUGCAUUUCUGAAAAAAAUGCGGUGUGAAUGUUGGAUGCUGAAAGGCUGAUGCUACAAUGCAUUGCUGGCUUGAAUGUCAAUGAAGGAUAGAUAGACUCACUUAUAUUGCCACAUGUCAGUCCUGGUGAAAAUAGCAAUGUUCUCCCCUAACGUCCCCUAAUACACGCCAUGGUUCAGAUAAAGGUUCUCUGACGUUCACGAAAUUUGAUUAGAACAUAGUUCUCAUCUUUAGGAACAUGUAUAAAAAGAAUUGGAUGUUUUUUUUCGCCUGAGAGGAAGUUAGUCAUCUUGGAUUUUGUUCGCUAAUUUUUGCUCUGCGAACACAUUUAAGGACUUUAUUGUGCACAAAAACUCUCAAAACUUUGCAACCUUGUGGACACCUGGGUAGGCCU